GCGAUCGCCAAGGAACACCGACAGGGGAGAGGUCUGUAUGUAAACAAUAAAGAUCUCUCCCCUGUAAGUACCAGCACUCUGCUUUGUAUUGCAGUGCAUAGCAGAGCAAUAAUAAAGCACAAACAGACAAACUAGUAAAACAGCCCACAUCCCACAGUUAACCCUAUGAUUGCCCCAGAUGUUAAUCCCUUCCUGCCCAGUGUCAUUAGUACAGUGUCAGUGCUUUUUAUUAGCACUGAUCACUGUCAGUGGGGAUGUCAGUGACAAUUAGUCAGUUCCCCACAGUGUCAGAAUGCCCACCGCAGUCCUCGC